UAGUCUAGCUCCUCCAUCAUUGCGUUGACAUCGUCAGUGUGAUCAAAGAGAAAGGAAAGAACCCAAAGCGUGAAUAUUGUGCUCAACAUAUAUUUGGCCGAUCAUUUGGCCAACGCACGCAUUCGUGGUUUCGCUGGUCGCGCCGCACUCUCCGAUAACCUGUCGCUUUCGAUUCCAAUGUCGGGAGGUCAUCGAAAUCCUCUGCGAUCUCCGUGAUCGAGAUCCGGACAUUCUCUGCUGUUCACAUAUAUAACGAGAGGGGGUUGUUCUCUCGUUUCUAGUCACCCGCAUUCCUGCCUGCAUAUUUCCCGUCCUCCCCGCGUCAUUCACAUGGCCAUGGCCGCCGAUUCUCCGAACGAACGCUUCCAGCAGAACGCACCCCAUUCUCCGUCCGAACACCGUCAAGACCCAUCGAAUGACAAUGCAGCCCGGACUGGAACAGGCCACAGCGAUGGGGACAGCAGCUACGUCCCGCGCCCCAAACGCAUCGCCUGCGUGUUGUGUCGGCGAAGGAAGCUCAGAUGCGAUGGAAAGAAGCCCAGCUGCGGAACGUGCGCCAGGCUAGGUCAUGAGUGUGCAUACGAGGAGCUCCGGAAGAAAAGUGGUCCCAAGCGAGGUUACGUGAAGCAGCUGGAGGCACGACUAGCCCAGGUUGAAACGCUGCUGAAAACCCAUGAGCGAUCACCGCCGCAGACGACUCAGAAUAAUAGCUUUGGUUCCGCCCUGCCGAAUGAGCUGGCGGCUGUUCCGGGAAUCAUGUCCGUAGGAGACGGCGUGGUUGCGCCCAUGUCGCCUCCUGCUGGACCCCUCGGCGAUCCGCGGUCAAGUCAGAUAUUUCCCUCGAGUGGUUUGGACGCAUCCCAGUCGGAAUACUUUGGGUGGGAUAUGAUAAGCCUGGGGCUGGAGGAACCUACUCCCAACCAAGCUGUCACUAGUGAGCUAAAUCAUAUAUAUUUUCAGAAGAUACAUCCUUCCAUACCAAUACUGCACCCCCCACGACACCUCGCGGCGAUGAACCUCGCCCCAAGGGUUCGCCCUCCUAUAUGCUUACAAUAUAUAACUUGGUGCCACGCUGCAUCCGUCACCGACAAAUACUCUGGAUUGCAUGAGCUAUUCUACCAGCGAGCCCGAAAGUACGCGGAGUUGGAAGAGAUGAAAGGGCUCGGGGAAGGCAUUGUCUCUGUGUCCAACUGUCAGACAUGGUUGCUUAUCGCUACAUACGAGUUCCGGAUGAUGUUCUUCCCGCGAGCGUGGUUAAGUGUUGGCAAAGCCGCAAGACUAACGUUCAUGAUGGGGUUGAACCGCCUCGACGGCCCGGAUCUUGAAGUGAAGAAAACGCUGCCACCAGCAAGGGACUGGACUGAAAAAGAGGAACGGCGGCGGGUUUUCUGGAUGACGUUCUGCGUUGAUCGGUAUGCCAGUGUUGGUACUGGAUGGCCUGUGGUCAUGGAUGAACGAGACAUUACGACGAAUCUACCCGCGACAGAGGAGGCAUUCAUAAAAAGCAAGCCAGAGAGUACAGCGCGGCUUGCGGAUGUCCUGGUCGGUGACGGCCUCCCUACCUUGUCAUCGUGUGCAGGCCUUGGGUUCAUGGCAUGCCUGUUUGGGCGAAACGUUGUGCACCUUCACCGACCUGAUCCUCAUGACAAUGACCAUGACCUCAAUGGGUUGUACUGGCAGCGACACAGGUCGCACGACAAUAUCCUACUCCACUUUACCCUGGCCAUGCCAAACCACCUCCGAUUACCAGCUGGGGUCAGAGAUCCAAACGUGGUCUUUUGCAAUAUGGCUAUACAUACGUCCACCAUCUGUUUGCAUCAGGCUGCCAUCUACAAGGCGGAGAAAAACAAGAUGCCUGAACAGAUCAUCACCGAGAGUAAGCGGAGAUGCAUCGUGGCUGCCGACCAGAUCUCAAAUAUCAUGAAGAUGAUUAGCCACAUGGACUUGACCACUAUGAACCCGUUCAUGUCAUUCUGCAUCUUUGUCGCCGCGCGUGUCUUCGUGCAGUACCUCAAGUCUCGUCCCGACGAUACCGCCGCCCGAUCAUCACUCCAGUUCCUAUUUUCUGCCCUUGAUGCCUUGAAAAACAAAAACCCGUUAACAGAAUCAUUCCUCGUCCAGCUCGAGGUUGACAUCCAGGGGACCUCGUUCAGUAGCAUUCGACCGUUAACAGCAGUCAGCACUAGAGACUUCAAACCAUCAGGCCCUUGUGGGGUUAUACUUCCUCGUAGCCAGGUUCAGAACCAAGACGAAGACCUAUCUUCACCAUCUACUCAGACCGUUCCGCGUCAUGACUUCUCAAUGCCAGCCUCCCUUAUUACCGGAUCACAGCAGACAAUGCAACAGCCAGACGUCAACUCUGCGCAAACGACCGGUGACACGCAGGACUUUAACGAUACACCCCCAUACAGCCUAGGAUCCGGCACGAUCCUGGACCUCGAUAUACCUCAAGAAUUCACCAGCAACACAAACACAUUAUCCGGAGUCCCGGCCUUGGCCGUGGAUUCAUCAGCCACGGGGUCCACAAGCGAAUCUGCCCCUUCAAAGAAACAACAACACCACCACCCAUCCAUAACCCACCUCAACCAGUCUUCAAACAUGGCAAACAGCAACUCCGAACAACUACCUUUCAACCUAACAUCUCCAGCACGAUACCCUGACGCACAAUCCUCCGAGAGAUUACUAUCCUCAGGCCUCAUGACCCCCCUCGAAUCGACCGAGCCCGGAAGUUCCAUCCCCAUGCCUCCUCCGAACUGGGACUUCGCGUCCGCCAGCCAGAACGGCGAUAAUAUCAACGCGGCCGCCCUCGAAGGGAUCGAGUCUCUGAAUGAAGCUCAAUGGGCACAGCUCCUCGGUUCGACGAACUGGGACGCGUGGCGGAAUCAGGGGUAGGCUCGGACUACCGCUGUCCUACCCUUUUCUCUCCUAUCUUUCAUGUUUGUUAUGGAUACCUUUGUUUUUACUUUUUGCUUGGGUUGGCAUGGCCUGGUACUGCAGGGAUUUUGAGAGGCAGGAUGAAUUGACUUCGCGCUAUUUUCAUGACUCAUGUUGACGAUUUACAUACACAUCUCACGUCCAGAAUAAGAGUUCUAAUGGCCGUCUUGGGACAGCGUCUUCACUUCGAUGGAUCGGUAUCUUGAUGGGCCAUUUUUGAGGAUACAUAAUUGAAUCAGGGCCAUCAUCUAUCCUUCUGCUGGUCAGGGGAAUGGGGAUGGUCCAUGUGAAUAUAA